GGAAACACUGCGAACUCAAAAGGUUAUUCAGUGGUUAGGUUUCCUGUUGUUUAUUUAUUAAAUUUUAGUGAUGUCAAGAACUUUUUAUGUUGUUUCUGUAUGAAGUAUAAUGCAGAAUACUAAACCUAAAGUUCCUUUGGUUCAACAAGAUGUCAGCCACGAAGAAACUGUCCUACAAAUUGCUUUUGCUUUGGAUUCUUUGCAAACUAUAGUUGAAAAAGUAUUCAGUGAUGUUGAAGAUAGAAUGCAAAAACAAAAAAGCCGUCUUAAAGACAUAAAAAAUAGGUGUUGUCGUGCUAAUGAUAAAGUUCAACGAAUCAAAGGUAUAAAUAAAUCUAUAACUGUAUUCUCUAGUGCCAAGUAUCCAGUGCCAGAGCAAGAUUUAUUUUUUGAAGCCUUUGAUCAUUCAGUUCAGGUAACCAGGCCUAGCAUAAAAAUAAAUUAUACACCACUUCCACCGAACAAGAUGACAUUAAAAGAGAAAAUGAAGUUUUACCAUUUAAAAGAUAGUACCCAAAUGCUUCGAAAAAAUGAUGAGGUCAAACCUUUGGUGGGUCUAGGGCCAAUCCCAGAAAAUAUCAAGAGUGUUAGUUCCUUAUGCCUUUUCAACACUUCACACAACAUCUAUACAAAGUAUGAAAUGAUUAAUCCUUUGACUAUUAGUAAGCAAACUACCUUAAAGGUAAUAGAAGAAAAGCAACAACUUGAGCCUCCACCUGUUUCUAUCAACGGGCCAUUAUUGGGAGCAAAAAACAUUCCUAAUUAUUUUUAUAAUCCUAUUUCACAAGAUGUGCCUGAUAUUCAAGUGCCUAUGGAUCUUCCUAAUUUACCUGGAAUUGCAAAUGACCUGAGAUAUGAUGAAAAUAUUUUAUCUGAAAAAGUUAAUCAAGAACCUGUGCAAGCCCCUAUCCGCCCAACAAUCACUGAAGAUAAGAUAACGAUUGUUCAAGAACUGCCUAAACUAGAAACUAUUUCUAGCAAUACCACUGCACCUCCCCCACCACCUCCUCCACCGCCACCACCACCGCCUAUUCCAGAGCCAGAACCUGAACCACCUCCAGAACAUGUUGAUCACCCACCAUCUACUGCUGAUAAAAUAGUUCAGCCUAUUGUUCCUUCUCUUGAACCAGUAUCUGACAUGCGAGCUAAUUUGAUGGAAGCUAUUCGUCAGGCUGGUGGUAAAUCUAAAUUGAAAUCCAUACAAAAAGAAACAAACAAAGCUCCAUCGAAGGAAGGCCCAAAGAGUUUAAUGGAGGAUCUGCAUGAUAAGCUGUUGAUGAGAAGAAAAGGGAUUUUAGGUAAAACUGAGAGUACUGAAGUUAACAUUUUAGGACAAAUUGCAUCUAUGAUUCCUCCUCCUCCUAUAAAACAACAUGAAUCUGAAGAGGAUGAGGAUGAGGAUCCAGAAUGGGAUGACUAGAUUUAUUUAUUCAUUCAUCCUGCAAUUAGUGUUUUUUCAAAUGUCUAAAUAUUGAUUUGCUGAAGUUUUCACUCCAGUGAAUAUGCCAAAGUUUUUGGGUUGAUAACAAUUAAUAUCUCUUAACUAAUUGAAAUAUGCUAGCAGGAAUUUGCCGCUUAUAAACAAUGGUAUGUUCAGUUAUUUAUCUGUGACUUUUCAAGGUAAUAUACCGGCUUAUUGACCAAUGUUCAAUGACAACCUGAAACUGCACCACUUUCUUUUGAUUAAUAAGUAUUAUUUAAUGAAUUGUUAUAUCAUCAAGUUGUUAGUAUACUUAGUCUUAGAUAUAAGUUUAUAUUUCAGUUUCUCCAUUGUAAUUCAAAAUCUUAAAUUUAUUUAUUGUUUCUUUAAAUUUUAAUUUAUGUUCAGACUUAAGUAGAAUAGUACUUUCAGGCUAUUUGUGCUUUAAGAGUUUAAGUCCUAUGAUGAGAUAACACCCAUUGGUCCAUGGCUCUGAUAAUCGAAUAUUAGGAUCUGUUGUGUAGGUGAAAUCUUUAAUUGUAAAUUCCGUUUUUGUUUCUUUUGUUAGAUUGUUGGAAGGUUUUGUUGGAUACAUUCCUAUUUUAUAUUUUUUAAGCGUAAAAGAUGAUAUAUAUAUUCCAGUGUGGAGAAUGUUACCAUAUGAAUCUAAUUAGGAACAGAUAACAUGAAUGAUAAAUGUUCGAUUUCAUUAUUUAAGUAUUAAAAUUUUUAUUUUCAUAAAAUUUUAUUAGUAUCUCAUCAUAAAUUUAUACAGCUUAUUUUUGUACUGAGUAAAGAUGUGAUAGUAUUGAAGUGCAAUUAUGUAGUUAUUUACUAAGAAUAGAUAUAAUCUAUGUUAUUAAUUUUGUAUCUUUAUUUAGGUUUUCUUUAUGUAUUUUGUUAUUUAUGUAUAUAUCAAAUAAUUAUCAUUGUUAUGAUAAUAGUUAAUUGAUUAUAUUAAUUCAUCAUAAUUAAUAAGACUCUCACUGUAUUAGACUUUAUUUUUUAUAGUAAAUUUUUGUUCUCAUAUAUGACAUUAUGAACAGUGACUGGUGAACAUUAAUUUAUAAUAAUAAUGAAAAGUAAAUUUAUAAUCAUCCACUAUUUUCUAGUAUAAAAAUAAUUCAGUCAGAUGGUGCCAUCAAAAUAAGUCAAAUUUAUAAUUUUUUAUUUAUUAUAAUACUUACUGAAUAAACUCUAUUUUUAUGUUUCU